AACGCCGCUCGCCAUUGUCACACGCUCAGACAGUCAGAAAAGAUCUCUCUUUCUUCAAAAAUGUCCGACAGUUGAAACUGUAUCUCAGUAUUCUUUACUGUCAGAAAUUCGCAAUUUCGUCAUCUUUGCCAAGAGAAGGAAAGAAACAGUAAAUGGCUUCUGUUUCCCCACAUCCAGACCUUGAUUCCCAGCCUGGCCCAUCUACGCUCGCCGGCAGCUGCCCCGGCUCCUCCGGCGAGAUUCUUCCCAAGAUCCAGCUGAAACUCGAACCGUUCGACGAUUUCGCGCAAGCAGAACUCCAAUCCCCUGCGUCUUUCCCAAACCCUAGUCCCACACCCAAUUCAUGGUCGAAUUCGAAUCCGGGUUUCUGUCUCUCCCCUAGUCCCAGACCGGAUGGUAAUAGCACCGGGCCAAAUGUACAUAGCGAGGGAGGUGCAUGCCCGGAGUACUCUAAAGUUUCUGAGAUGUUUCGCACCGCAUUAGCAAAGAAGAUGGGGAAAUACGGAGACGUGGAGGUUGUGGAUGACCCAGAUUCGCGAGCAAUUGUUGCUGUUAAUGAAGACGGGCAGCUUUCGGAUACGGUCAUUGAACGGAGGAGGUAUCAGCAGCGUUCUUCUGAGCUGGUAAGGAUCACGGAUCUUAAUCAAGAAGAUGAGAGGUAUUUCCGGGGUGUUGUUCGCCGAACUAGAAUGUUAUAUGAUUCAAUACGUACACUUGCGCUAUUGGAGGACGCGAAGAACCAGAUAUAUGGGCCUUGCAGGAAGAGUAGAGGGGACUUGAAGGCUGCACAGGUAUUGAGGGAGAGGGGACUCUGGCUGAAUCGCGAUAAGCGCAUAGUGGGUUCCAUCCCUGGGGUGUACAUUGGAGACGUGUUCUUCUUCCGAAUGGAGUUGUGCGUGGUUGGAUUACAUGGUCAGGUCCAAGCAGGAAUUGACUAUCUUCCUGCAAUACAUAGCUCAAAUGGGGAGCCAAUUGCCACUAGUGUUAUUGUCUCUGGGGGAUACGAGGAUGAUAUGGAUUCAGGGGAUGUGAUAAUCUAUACUGGGCAAGGGGGGCAGGACAAGAACUCGCGCCAAUGUGUUAGCCAGAAGCUUGGAGCUGGGAACUUGGCAUUGGAAAGGAGCAUGUAUUAUGGGAUUGAGGUAAGGGUAAUCCGCGGCUUCAAAUACGAGGGCACUGCUAGUGGGAAAGUUUAUGUUUAUGAUGGGUUAUAUCGAAUUGUUGACUUUUGGGAUGAAGUGGGCAAGUCUGGGUUCGGAGUGCUCAAGUAUAAACUGGUAAGGAUUGAGGGUCAACCCGAAAUGGGAAGUACCAUUUUGAGAUUCGCGGAGACCCUUAGGGCCCAACCACUGGUUGCAAGGCCAAGAGGGUAUCUCAGUCUUGAUAUCUCAGGGAAGAAAGAGAAUGUUCCGGUUCUUUUAUACAAUGACAUAGAUGCAGAUCAAGACCCUAUUUAUUAUGAUUACCUGUUGAAGACUGUAUUCCCACCACAUGUAUUCCACCAUGUUGGGUCCCACACAGGGUGUGAUUGUGUCAAUGGGUGUUUCGGCAAUUGCGUAUGUUCAAUGAGAAAUGGUGGCGACUUUGCAUAUGACAACAAUGGCAUCUUGUUGAGGGGGAAACCGCUGAUAUUCGAAUGCGGGCCGUAUUGUCAUUGUCCAGUGUCUUGUCGGAACAGGGUGAGUCAAAAAGGUGUGAAGAACAGAUUUGAAGUGUUCCGUUCAACAGAGACUGGAUGGGGAGUUAGGUCGCUGGACCUGAUCCAAGCCGGUUCUUUUAUUUGUGAAUACGCAGGCAUUGUGCUCACAAAGGAGCAAGAAGAGAUCUUCAAAAUGAGUGGUGAUAGCUUGAUAUAUCCUCGGCGUUUUUCAGAGAGAUGGGCAGAAUGGGGAGAUCUCUCUCAAGUGUAUCCCGACUAUGUGUGCCCAUCAUAUCCUUCAAUUCCACCUAUAGAUUUUGCAAUGGAUGUAUCUAAAAUGAGGAAUCUAGCAUGUUACAUGAGCCAUAGUUCCAGUCCUAAUGUUUUUGUGCAACCAGUGCUCCAUGAUCAUAAUUACGUCUGCUUUCCUCGCCUUAUGCUCUUUGCAAUGGAGAACAUUCCUCCCUUACAGGAACUUAGCAUUGACUAUGGUGUUUCUGAUGACUUGGAAAAGCUUGCCAUCUGCAACUGAGUAUAUGUCUUGCCCUAAUGGAUGCUGAGAAAGUAAGUAUAUCAUGCCAUCUGAGACUGAGGCUGUAACUCCCUGCUGCUUGUCAAGACACCACUGAAGACUGAAGGUUUGGCCUCUGUUUCCCAUUAAAUUAAGAAAUGUGCUGGGCAAUGGGUAUGAUUUUGCCAGCAGCCCCCUAUUAAAUUGGAAAAUGCUAAAGUGACCCCAACUCUCACCACAUCUUCCACCCCAAACUUCUUACAGACAUCAAUGGGUGUCUUGGGAUGUCUGUGAGAAGCUUCUAGCAUGGUCCAUGUCAGAUUAGUGUCACUCCUUCCCUCUCUGAAGUCCCAACUUUUUUGGGUGGUUUCAUAUUAUUGGUUCUCUUCUCUCUUUUCUUUUUUCUUUUUGUGGAAAAAAGCACAUUCAAAAAAUUACCCACCUUUUCUUUACCCAUGUUUUCUUCCUUUUACCUCACUUUUUACAUUUUCACUCCACCUUUUCUUUUCCCACCUCACCUUCAAAAGUUUACCCACCACACCUUCACCUUCUCUUCAUCCCCAGGGUCCCCAGGACCGAAAAGUUACCUGGGAGGAGGGAGUAAUUUGAGCUGAAGUAUCAAAGUAUAUUGAGAAACUGGGGCAGUACUUUUUCUGCAAGUUCACUCAAAUUACCUGAUUUAUUUCCUUACCCUAUAUACAUAUCCUUAUCAUUACUCAAUCAGGAGUACAUUAUAUUAUGUACAGUUUGUAUCAAUUCUAUCAACUCAUUUUUUUUAUUGUGUCCACUUGUAAGUUUGCAGGGAAAGAACCUUUCUUUCUCAAGUUUCUUUUGUACACAUUGAAACUGGAGUAUGCAAUUGGUAUACUAUAAAGUUCUUGAUGUUUG